UUCUUUCUUCGAUCUGUUACGAGUCGUUUUUGACUCGUGCAACCAAACAGAGAGAGCUAUUCAAUGUCGAGAGCAUCGAUUUGAAUUCAAUACCACUAACUCCGUCGCUCUCUCUGAUUUGCUGCUUUAAAACGUCGGAUUCCUUUGGAAAAAUUCACGUGAUCUGAAUUUCCAGGAAUAGCAAGAGCUCCCAUCGUCUCGGUAAGUCUCUCUUUGUUUGGCUCGCUUGUCGUGUUAGGAUUUCUACUGAGGAAUGAAGUCUCCACUGGGAAAGUUGCGAAGAUUCACACUGCACCCCAAGGAUGAUGCCAAGGAUAAAAGGGACUUUUCGACUUCCGCUCAGAUAGAUGAGCUUGCUCAGGCCGCGCAGGAUAUGCAAGAAAUGAGAGAUUGCUAUGAUAGCUUACUUUCUGCCGCUGCUGCUACAGCAAACAGUGCAUAUGAAUUCUCAGAAUCAUUGCGAGAAAUGGGUUCUUGUCUAAUGGAGAAAACCACACUACAUGAAGAUGAAGAAAGUUAUAAACUGUUGGUAAUGUUGGGAAAAACGCAGUUUGAACUUCAGAAACUUGUUGAUAGCUAUAGGUCUCAUAUAUUCAUGACAAUUACAAACCCAUCGGAAUCUCUUCUCAAUGAACUUCGGGCAGUUGAGGAUAUGAAUCGCCAAUGUGAUGAAAAGAGAACUGUAUAUGAACACAUGAUAUCUCAGCCGAAAGAAAAAGGACGAUCAAAGAGUGGAAAAGGUGAAAGUUUUACUCGACAACAAUUACAAACAGCUCAUGAUGAAUACGAUGAAGAGGCAACACUUUGUGUAUUCCGGUUGAAAUCUCUGAAGCAAGGGCAGUCUUGGAGUCUCCUUACGCAUGCUGCUUGUCACCAUGCUGCACAGUUGAAUUUUUUCCGAAGGGGUCUAAAAUCACUUGAGGCAGUUGAUCCACAUGUUAGGCUGGUCGCUCAAGAGCAGCAUAUUGACUAUCCAUUUUCUGGACUUGAUGAUGAUGGUGGGGAGGAGGGUGAGACUGAUUUUGAGAAUAGCUACAAUACUAAUGAGGAUGGGGAGCUGAGUUUUGACUUCAGAGCAAAUAAGCGAGGGCUUGACGUUGUUUCCACCUUGAAGAAUUCAAUGGAGGUUGAUGUAGUUGACUCUUCAUUUCCCCAAGAUUCAGUAACAGAAGAUGCAGAGGUAAACGUUGACAGAAGUCAAGGGGAUCACAAGGCUAUAGAUAGAGAACAUAGAGUUGGCAGCCAUUCGGCCCCCAUAUUCCAGGAAAGGAAAUCUGAGCCCCUCAAUAAAAUAAGACAAAUUCCGUCAUCAACUAGGAAAUCUAAUUCUUAUGUUCUGCCCACACCCAUUGAUGCAAAGGGUGUUAUACCUUCAAGAACAAGUAAUGCAAUCCCCCAAGCAAAGCCAGCGAACACAAGUGGUAGGGCCUACCACCUGUGGCAUUCUUCUCCUUUGGAACAGAGGAAUCAUGAGAAAGAUUUUAAUGAUGGCUACUUGUUAGAGCUCACUGGCUUGAAAACAAACUUGGUACAGAAAGAGGGCAACACUAACAUUGCCAGCCAGCUACCCCUGCCUUCAAAAGAGGGAAUUUCUCUUCCACAGCUUGAUACUUAUAAUUUAUCCGAUACAAAGAAAAUCAAAAGACAAGCUUUCUCUGGCCCACUAGCUAGUAAGCCAUCCUCUAUGCGAGUAUCCGCUCAACUUCCUCACCUAGUUCCUGGUGUGCUUUCUCGUGUACCUGUACCUCAACCUUCUUCAUCUCCAAAAAUAUCCCCAAGUACGUCACCUCCUCCUGCUUCACCCAGAAUAAAUGAGCUUCAUGAGCUUCCUAGACCACCGGGUAAUUUUGGCAGCAAGGCAGCUAAAUCUCAAGGUUUUGUUGGCCACUCCGCUCCAUUGGUCUCUCGAAACUCGGAUGUGUCAAAUAAAACUCUUUCAGCCACAUCAAACACUGCAUCUCCUCUUCCAACUCCCCCAUUGACAGCUUCCCGGAGUUUCUCUGUACGUUCAAGCAAUCAGAGAGCUAUGGCAAUACAUGUUUCUAAGCAUUUGGAGUCUCCUCAAGUUUCAGUCAAGGCAGAAAAUUUUGGUUCUCCUCCGUUGACACCUAUUUCUCUUACAAGCAUCAAGCCAGUAUCAACUGUAACUGAGUUGGUCUCUGAAUCUGGUCAAAUUAUAGGGGGGGGCUGAAAGGUGAGGCUAUAAUUUUAUUGUUUUGCUCUCUGGAAUUAUUGGUUGGAUACAGGUUUGUAAAUAUAAAGUGAAUGGAUUGUUUAGUUCCUCAUCUCAAUUAGGAGCAUUAUUUUUACCAUUUGUGAUUGGUUGUGAUGAGAACUAAACUGCAUGUACCUCUUCCAAAGAGAAAUUUUGUUCCCUAAUUCUUUUUCCCCACGAAGGAUUAUGUGGGGAGAAGUCUGUGUUAAGAUGGUUUUGGAAAAUUUCCUUAUCAGAUGUCAACGUUGUAAAAUAACUUGGAGGGUCCGUACACUGCAAUGCGUAUGAAAGUGCUAAUUCCAUGAUUUUAAAUCCA